UUCAUUCGUUGUUUAUUUAUUGUUUACACUUGAGAACCAGUCAACCGAAGAAACCGCCUUUAAAUUUGGCAAAUCCCACGGCGCCACCUACGAAUCCACCACCGCCCAAGCCUCCACCGCCCAAGCCACCUACUGGAGCGACUCCCAGGCCAUUGCCAUAGCCAUAGCCGUAGCCAUAGCUGGGGAUCGCCUGGAUGGUCGAUAUAACCGGCACAGUGGUGAUCACGGGCACUGUUUGAAUCAGGGGAACCGUUUGAAUGACUGGAGCAGCCGCCACACCACCGCCACCGAUAAAGCCUCCCCCCACUAUGCCACCGCCUCCUAUGCCGCCAAUGUGCCGGGUCCUCCUGACAAGAUCCGUGUGGCUGUCGCCGCUGGCAAUGAUGGGUGUGGACGUGACCGAAGCAAGCGCCAAGACGAGCGCCAGGUAGACCGUCUUCCACAGCAUGGUGCGAUGGACUGUUUUGCCUGUCGCGGCACCUGGCCGGGUAUUUAUGCAAAUUAAUUAGUGUCCACUUCCACUCGGUCAGCCACUCGGCUUGGAACUGUUUGUGCAACCAAUUCACAGAUCGGGCGCCGAAAAUCCCCAACAUGACAGCGGCCAGCACUGUUGCUUGCUGAUUCUAGCGAUGCUCAUGGAUGGGUUUACCCUCUGGGCGGUUCGCACCUCGUCAUCUGCGUCAUCAUUGCCACAACAUCGUGAAGGUCGGGGUACACACGACCUGCUACACGUACCUUCGUGUGCAUAAAACACCAGACAGAGUCUUGUCUCGCGUCUCACAACGUAUCUGACCACGCGACAAAGAUGAGGUUCGAUCUGCAAUUACUGCUGCUGAGCAUCUGCUCCUGGACGGUCAGUGCCCACUCUCUGGUGGGUGGUGGAGUGGGAGGAGUGGCAGCCGCUGGAGUUGGCGGGGGAUUUGUGCAGCAACCGCCGUACAUCCAGCAAGUGCCCAUUGUGCAACAAGUGCCCGUUGUGCAACAGAUUCCCAUUGUGCAGCAGCCACAGCCGCAGGCCCUGGGACUGGCCGGUGGUGGCCUGAUUGGAGGAGGAGGGAUCGGCGGAGGCGUUGGCGCAGCAGCUGGCUUCGGACGCUAUCGGGAGAGCUACCGUAUUAGAGGUCGCGGCCUUGGUGGUGGAUUCCGUGCUCGCUACGACAAGAAGAUUGGCGGUGGAUUUGCUGGCUUCGGAGCGGCAGCAGGAGCCGGCGCAAUAGGUGGAGCAGGUGGCGGUCUCCUAGGCUAAGUUUUAACUCUUUUUAGAAUAAAUUAAUAAAUAGAAAAUAAUUAUUUUAAUUAAAAU